UAGCCCGCAGCACCUUCCUGCUCCUCCUCUUCCCAGGAUCAAAACUUGGGAUUUGAAUUUUAAUCAGGGGGGAUUUGCCUCUGCAGGGUUGCAGAUCCUCCGCAGCAGGGCUUUGUGCGAGUGGGGCUCUGCGUAGGGGAAGCGGUGAGUGGAAAGGGAGGACCUGAAGGGAGAUCCAGCUGCAGAAGAGCCAGGGCAGCAACAGCUGGAGGAAGCAAGAUUUGGCCGAGGGUGGGUGGAUGGGUAAGCAGGGAGAGUCGCCCUGGGGAGGGCCUUGGCACGGGGAUCUCUGGGUGGGUUUCCAAAAAGGCCUCCGUAUAGUUGGAAAAACAACUGGAUUGCAGGAGAGCUGUCUUCAGAGUUUGCCUUCUGUUUAUUUAGCGGGACGUGUCGCGGCAGAACCGUGUUUAUUUGCUCGCUUGUUUUGUCACGUUGGUCGCCCGGCCCUCUUGCAAAAGCGCUCAGGAUGGCGAAAGUGGAGGGUUUGGGUUCAGGAUUACAACAACCCUGUGAGGACGGUUAGAUAAGGUCGAUGCUGGCCCAGUCACCAAGUCAGGAUCAGGGCAAAAUCGGGAUUGAAUCCCAGGCCCCAGACUGGUUCUCUGAUCCCUAUGCCUUCGAUUCUCCGUGUUCGCAGUUGGCAGAGGGAGGUAAUCUUAUCCUUUUGCUGGUAGGGAAUUAGGAAGGUGAAGCUGUGUUGUUGCCCUGGGCCUUAUGGAGAUCUGAAGCUGGCGUGGUUUCCGAAGACCCUCUGCAAAUGGUCUUUCUCUUUUAGGUACAGAAGAGGCAUCCCACCCCCCACGUUUCACUUAAGACCAUUUAUGUCAUAACAUUUUCACUACCCUUUGCUACCCAUAAUCAGAAAGGUUUCUAAAGCACCAUCUCAAUCCAUGUUUGUGUCAACUGGUGGGUCUCUAAUUUGGAGUGUUUUUGUGUUUUCUUUCUUUUGGAUGGAGCUAAUGAGCAAGUAAUGUAAAAGGGGGGCUUUCCAAACAUGGAAUGUUUACUGAGUUACUCUUGAGAAGGGCUGGGAGGUUUAGAAGUUGUGGGUGGGGGGAGGAUGGGAUCUAGGGUUCCAGAGUGCUCUAUGAGAAGCAUUUGGAUCUACUAUAGGUCACAGUUAGGCUAAAGAGAGGUGAAAAGAAUUGAGUUCCUUCACUCUUCUGAUGUGUAUUUAUGUGUGAAGGUUGGGUUCUGCCCUGGGCUAAUAAUUGUGAGUAUAGACUCAGAAAGUAGUAACAAUACCAACUGAAUGGAUCUUGUACACAUCUUGUACAUGUGGCAUAAACAAGGAAAUGGCAGUAUUCCCAAAGACCUUCCACCUUCUGCAUCUGUGGAAGAACCCAUGGCCUUUUGGAUGGGAAAUCUCUGAUGAUUUGUCUCAGUAAGCUGAGACUGUUAGGUAACUGGGGAGUGACUGUUCAUCCAUCCCACAGAGUGGGAGGUCUUAGGUGACCUUAAGGUACUAUCUGAACCUGGAAGAUGACUCUUAUUUCACUGUUGUUUGAGAGACAAAGUAUGGGACUCAGAUGGAGAGACCAGGUCUGAAUACUGGAGCUGACUAAGGGCUGACCAGGAAAAAAAUGGCUGACUAGAAGGAAAACAGUAUUUGUGGAACUUCUUACCAAAGAAGUUGUGCGAAAGUGAAUACAAACCCUAGUGGAAAUGGAGGAGCAUCCCCGCACAGGCCCUGAGACAGGGGAGGGAUCCACAGGAUCAGGAAGAGACCCAUUUUCAAACCAGUCUGGAACAACUCGGGAUGUAGCCCAGUGGGCAGCCACACGACAAGAAGGGGUACCUCAGCGUCUGGAUACCCCAUGGCAAGAAUACUUGAAAACAGUCCAGUAUCCCUCUUCAGGAUGGGCAACAUCACAGCUUCCAGACCUGGCUUCCUGGGAUGAUGUGGCCGCAUUUGACCGUGUGGUAAACGCCUGCCAGUGGCCUAGAGAAGGGAUGAGCCGCCUGAUGCCUUCUCUAAGUGCUGACGCACAGCAGGCCUUAAGUAGCCUGAAUGCCAGAGACAAAGGAGACCAUUUGAAGGCAAAACCCACCACCUUGCGAGGAAACUCCAGCAGUGCUGAGGUGCAGCGCCAGCGUUUCCGACAGUUCCGCUACCAGGAAGCAGAGGGGCCUCGUGAGGUUUGCAGCCGGUUACGGGAGCUCUGCCACUCCUGGCUGGAGCCAGAGAGCCGCACCAAGGAGCAGAUCCUGGAGCUGCUGAUCUUAGAGCAGUUUCUGACAGUCCUGCCAAAGGACAUCCAGAGCCGAGUUCGAGAACGUGGCCCGGAGACUUGUGCCCAAGCAGUAGCCUUGGCAGAAGGAUUUCUUCUGAGGCGGCAAGAGAGUUUGCAAAAUGAACCACAGACGACAGCCCUGAAUCUCUCUGAAGGCCAGCGGACUGUGUCGGAUGCCCGACAGAGGCAGCUCAACAGGGAAGCCAGACAGCCUGGGACCAGGAGGCCCCGAGUGCUGGGUGUCAAGACAACAAACCGAGCUGGUACGCAGGUACAGAAUCAGGGUGCUCGGGAUGAAGGAACCCGCUCAGACUCCGGGAAGCCCAGGAAGAACAAACCCCACGUCUGUAUUGACUGCGGGAAAUGUUUUGCACGCCCAUCAGAACUGGCAAAGCAUGAGAACACCCACACGGGAGCAAAGCCCUUCCGCUGCUCGGAGUGCGGGACAAGAUUUAGCCAGUUGUCCCACCUGACAAGACAUCACAGAAUCCACACCGGGGAGAAGCCGCACUCGUGCUCCGAGUGUGGAGCAGCUUUCGCCCAGCGGUCCUCUCUCAUUAGCCACCAGAGAGUCCACUCCGGAGAGCAGCCUUAUCGCUGCACGCACUGCCAGCAGUGUUUCAGCCACCAUUCAGCACUUAAGAUUCACGAGCACAUCCACACCGGUCAGAAACCCUAUAUUUGCCUGGAGUGCGGGAAACGGUUUGUCUCCUCAAGCACGCUUAAAAUCCACAAGCGGAUCCACACAGGGGAGAAGCCGUUUUCUUGUGCUGAGUGUGGAAAACGCUUCAUCCAGCGUUCCAAUCUUAUAUCGCACCAGCGGACGCACUCCGGAGAGAAGCCCUUUUGCUGCGGUGUGUGCGGGAAAAGGUUCAGCUACCCGUCCGAUCUCACCAGGCACCAGAAAAUUCACACCGGAGAAAAACCAUUUCCUUGUGACGAAUGCGAGAGAAGGUUUACCCGGUUCUCUGAUCUUGUCAUACAUCGGAGAAUCCACACUGGGGAGCGGCCGUAUCGCUGCCUCGAGUGCGGGAGGAGAUUCAGGCAAAAGAGCGCUUUGGUGACGCACCAGAGGAUCCACACUAAAGAGAAAACAGCAGAAAAACCCAAACCUGUAGCACCGACGGAGCCACAGGCGAAUAGUGAACAAAAUAGCGAACAAAAAGCCAGUGAAUCAGCGGAGAAGGCAGACAUUUCGGACGAAAAGGAGAAAGAUGAAUCAAGUACCUAGAAAGAACCAGCAUUGUCCCACCUCCUAGCAACUGACCAGUCCUUCCCUCACUGGCAAGGAAAUCUUG